AAGAAAUAAUCAAAGCAUUGCCAUCUCAUGCUAAUUCAUUAAUAUUUAUCAAACUUGUGUGUGUUAACAUCUCAGAAUCAUCAUUGAAUUCACUUGCUAAAUGCAAAAAUUUGGAAAAUCUG